AUGCUUCAAUUACAAAGUGAUAACUUGUUGAUCAAGAAAACAUUGACUGAAUUGUUUGAAACACCUCAAAAUGUUGAUAGAAUUGUUUCAGAUUUUGAUUAUACAACUUAUCAUUUAUCAACACCUGAAUCUAAAACAAAAUUACUAGUCUCUAUAAAUUCCAAAUCUUGGAAAGAUCUAAGCAAAUAUGAUGUGACUGGUAAAUUGAACUCUAUAUAUGGCCAAUUUCAAACUGAUACAGUGGAGCCAGGUUAUAAUUAUUCAAUUUAUCUUGAUUUAGAAGAGAUUGCAUCAAAAUCAAAAGAAGAACAAUUGGAAAUAAUUGAUCAAAUUUCAUUAUUGAAAAGAAACACACUAGCUGCUCCUUUCGAACAAGCAUUUGAUGAAUAUGAAGAACUAAAUGCUAAAUAUCAAGAAACUGGGAUUGAACCAGAAAAUUCAUCAUCAAUCAUUGAAAUCAAUUAUAGAGAUGAAGAAUCUAUUUAUAUUAAACCAUCAUUUGAUAGAGUUACAGUUAUAUUUUCCACAAUUUUCAAAGAUGAAACAGAUAAGAUCUUUGGUAAAGUUUUCUUACAAGAAUUUGUUGAUGCAAGAAAAAGAGCUGUUCAAAAUGCCCCACAAGUUUUAUAUUCUCAUAGAGAACCACCAUUAGAAAUUAGAGAUUUGAUCAAGUUUAGUCCAAAUGAACAAAAAGGUUAUGUCACAUUUGUUUUAUUCCCAAGACAUUUAGUUCAACAAAAAAGAUAUAAUACAAUUUCUCAUAUUCAAUUAUUUAGAAAUUAUUUCCAUUAUCAUAUCAAAUGUUCAAAAGCUUAUAUGCAUUCAAGAAUGAGAUUCAGAGUUAAUCAAUACUUAAAAGUGUUGAAUAGAGCAAAACCAGAAAAUGAUGAAGCUGUUGAAAGAAAGACUGCAACUGGUAGACGUUUCCUUGAAAGAUAA